UCGGCCGUGAUCGCAUCUCGAUCCUACACCCACAUAACCAUCGCCUUCCUCGUUAACAUGGGCGCAAACCUCGAGGUCUUCAAGUUCGCGACCUACCUUUUCAUCCCACUCUUCGCCAUGCUCCACUUCGGCGACCCGGACUGGUAUGAGCAUCAUGUUCAGCCCUUUAAGGAUCGUUUUUACCCUCGCGAGGAUACUAACAAACCACCACACACCGCGUCCGAAGUUCAGGCCGAGCUUCAGCGAUACAAGGACGAGCGCCUCGUCAAGGCUGGGCUAAAGCCAGAGCCAGCUCCAAUCAGUGUGCUUACGAGCGUGCCAGAGGAGCGGAGGGGACAGUUUGGCUGGGCCCAGGGAGACCAACGUCUUGUCUAGGCGACCAUUGCUCAUUGUAUGCAUAUACCACUACUCAUCAGG